AAAAAAGUUGCUUCGAUAACUUUUUGACAGGUAGAAACCGUGUGAAAGAGAACAUUUAUCGGCCAAAGAAUAUAAAUAAUAUUAUAAAGCUUAAAUAUAUUUCAUUGCAGUAAUGUGAUAAUAUAAAUUGUAUUAAAUAUGGCAUUCUUAUGUCCGGUGCGAAUUAGAAGGGGGAAGAAAAAGAAAUCUAAUAGUGGUGACUCAGAUAAGGAUCCGUCUCGGCCAAAUUCAGGACUAAGUCCUGGAAUGGGGAGGAUCACAGGAUCAGCCAGUAUUGAGACUUUAGUUCGAGUGGGCAUUGAAAAGGAACAUGGCCUCAGUCCAGACUCUAAAAUGGUGGUACUACAUGACUUUGCACCUUGUGUGGAUGAUGAACUUGAGGUAAAACGAGGACAAAUUGUUAAUGUAUUAUACAGAGAAAAUGAUUGGGUAUAUGUCAUAGUUGCUGAGUCGAGAAGAGAAGGUUUCAUUCCACAUUCAUAUUGUGCUCCAUGUGAACAUCAUGAUUUGAAGAAAAAGCUGCCAAGAAGUCGAUCUCCCACUGAUAUGGCACACAGAGAUGUUUCUCAAUUAUCAGUAUCAGAUGGAGCAACAAAUGAUGGUCACUCAGAACUAGGGAGUGAAGGUGAAGCAUGUCCAUUUAGUAAGGAUCCAUCUGGCCGCUAUGUAGUGCUGUACACAUUCACAGCAAGAGAUGAAAAUGAUGUAGAUGUUGAGAGGGGAGAAUUUGUUACAGUACUCAACAGAGAAGAUCCAGAUUGGUACUGGAUAGUGAGGAGUGAUGGCCAGGAAGGAUUCAUACCAUCUGGUUUUGUUUAUCCUGCAGUAGUACAAACAACUCAACAAGACAACACGCAACAAAUACAUUCUCCGCCGGCAUCAAACCCCAAUAAUACGAUGUUGACAACCAAUAGCAGUUUGAACACGACAGUGCAGCAAGACAGUGACGGGCGGUAUCAUGGAACUGAGCUAGUCAUGCUUUAUGAUUAUAAGGCGCAAGCCCCAGAUGAUCUAUCAGUUAAAAGGGGCGAAUGGGUGUAUGCAGACUUAACACAGCAGACAGUUGAAGGCUGGCUAUGGGCCCAUGCACCAAAGUCACGGCGCUCUGGUUUCAUACCGACAGCUUACGCACGUGCGCCCCACACCACGUCUCUCUGACCUACAUUUACUUGAAACUAUAGAAAAACAUGAAAAUUAACCCAUUGAUAAUUUCAUUAUAGACUAACCUUUUAAACAAUAACGAAACAUGACAAGCAUAUGAUCCAAAUGAUGGUAAACGCUCAUCACAGCUCAUGAACGCUUACUUACGACACUAGAGACAUCUCUCUUGUGUUGUCGACCCUUGUGACUAAUAAAUCUUGACUAAUAGACCAUGAUAUCUAAUAAAGCCACAAAAAGAAGCAAAAAUGCCAUAAAAAAUUACUGGUCAUAAGUAUCUUGUAUGGACUUAUAUGAUAAAUAAUUAUAAACAUUUAUUAAUAAUUAAAUAUUUUUGUGAUUGAUCAUAUUUCAACUUCCUUUUAAACUACAACACAGGAUGCAAAAUAGCUAUUCUGUAACAUUCAGAUGAGACAGAAGCCUGCAUGUUUUUAUUUAUUCCAUCUUUACCCAUGUAAACGACUUUAUGAUGUCUUCCUCUAGUUAAUAACUAAACUGUCACAAAAAUGAAUACAUCAUGAUGGUUUAAUUAGUUGCUGUGUUGAUUUGUGCUACUGGAAAUAGCAAACAGUGAGUGGCAAACGCAAUAAAAUAUAGUGAAAUAGUAGUCACGAUACAUAUUUUAAACUUUAAUCUUAUUUAAAUAUAAAAUAAAUUUAUUUUGCCAUGAUGUUGUAUGUUAAUGCAGAACAUUUCCAAUUUGUAUUAAACUAAGAAUUUAAAAUGCCUUUCUUAGCCUUUAGAUUUAAUUAUGUACAUUGAACAAAAUUGUCUUCCGUAAAUAAUAUCAUAAGAAUAAAAAAUCUGCGUAGAAGUGACACUCGUGUACUUUGUGAGUACACCGAUGCCGACAAAACAUACCCCGCUUCGCCUCACUCAAUGGGUUGUCACAGUUUAGACACAUUUUAUACAUUGCUUUGUCAUACAUAAAUAAUAAAAAUGUAUCUGUAUCAGAUUAAAAAAAUUGAAAAAAUUAUUCAUAAAUGGCAAUCUUAUAUAAACAAACGUAAAGUAGGACAACCCACUAACGGUAGAAGUCAACAAAGAUACUUAACAUUUAUAAGUUUCAAUGGAGUUCUUACGGUCAAUGCAAUAAAUUAUUAAUAAUUAAAUUAAAAGAGAGUAUAUAUAAAUAGUAACUAAUAUUAUUAUUAUUUUUUUACUGUCAAAGGAUUCCGCAACUAAUCACAAUGUCAUCUAAUCGAAAGUGAUGAUGUGAUCAAUGAUGAAUCUUGCGGGCCCACGAAUAGCCUAUUCAAAUUUGCCUUAAAUUGACUAUUGUUAGAUUAUAUGAAGCAGAAGAAAAAAGCAGGAUGAGAAUUUCACACCUUAGUGUGUCUUUAAAAGACCAAUAAAUGUGAUGAAGGAAAACAAAAUGCUUAUAAAUGGUAUGUCUACGAUAUAAGGGUAGAGACUCAAACCACAUCCGAUGCCGAAAGGUUGAUGAAGAAACCAGAUCAUGCAGUUCUUGAGCACAUUUCAAAAUGUAUCCUAUAUCGCGCAAUUCUGCGGCUAAAUAGUGUAUAAAAAAUAUUAAAUUGAAUUUUGUGAAAUUAUGCACAUCUUUUACGGCUACUAAAUAUAUAUAUAUAUAUAUAUAUUAAUCAUCAACGUAGAUUAAUAUAAGAUGGUAAAAUUAAAACAAAGCGCCAUCUUGUAGAUUACGAUUAAACAUGUUCUCUGAAGUCUGAGUGACACGACCGCACUUAUUAAAGGAAAGGAAUUAUAGUUUCAAAAAUUUCCCUUGUUCUUAGUUUAGUUCUCAAGACAGCCAAGAGGCGAACGCGGUAUUAAGACGAAUUGCCAAAAGUGUCUCUUCUACCUAGUUCUUAUUCAUAUAGUGCUACAAAUUUUUUCAUAUUUCAAUUUGUAUUAGAUAUUAUAACAGUAUUUAUGUAAAUUAUCCGUCCAAAUUUGACUGAUUUUGACAUUACGCUUUUUAUAACUAUGACAAUGUUUUUUAUUAGAUUUUAAGAUUUGAUUUUAAAAAGGUAAUUCUUAAAAAUAAAUGUUAUACAAUUAA